AUGACUGAUAAUAGUGAAAGACUCGAAGAUGCCAUGGAAACUGAAAUCGUUCAAAGCAGUCUUAUUUUUGGUGUGAAUUUUGAUUAUAAGGCAAUGUGGAUCAAGGACAUUCAAAAUUGUGCCAACAAUCUUGAAAUACGACUGGAUAACGCGAAGCCAACAUGGAAGCGUAUUGAAAACAAGCUCAAUAUUGAACGUCAAGACAACACAUCAGCACCAGUAAAAACAAGAUCAACUCCGGCACCAGUAGCAUCCUCUUCCUCCUCGUCCUCUACUUGUCCAACUUUAAAAACCAAGCUUUCGACCAUUGACCGUGACAAGGUAUUGAAAGUGUAUGAUGCAUUGAUACGAGAUGAAAACACAUGCUGGGUGCUAAAGGCAACCAAACAACAAGCCACACUCGAAAAAAAGACACUAUGGUCAGUCAAAAGAAAAAUGCGUGAAUUCGUUGCCACUCUUACCUACGUCCAUCCUACUUUAUCAUUUAUUCUUGACAUGAGUGAUUUGAAUUGGGUCAAUUAUUUCAAUAAGGAAGAGCUGGAGGAACUCAAGAGUAGUGGCCAGCCUAUCCUUCGAUGCAUACACGACGAACUCAAACCAAAGUUCGAGCAGAUUGAAAAUUUGAAAUCUGCUUUGGAUGCUUAUAAUUUUAGACGACUCAUUGAUCAUCAUCCCAUUGAACAACCUUUGCUUGCAUGGCUUUCCCAGACGUUGAUGCAAACGGCAACGUUUUUUACUCCUGGCGCGCGUACACCUACUCAAAAUAUGUUGGAAAGUGAUAAACUAUAUUAUCUGUGGAGCUUAUUGAGUACGAUUCACCGUAAUUCGGGCAUUGAAGCAUUGGGAAAGGAAAAAACAAGUACCUUUCAUGCUAAAAUCUUAAAUUCAAAACGCAAACUAUCUGCUGUUGAUGAGAUUGAACGUGAAAAGAUUGGUAGAAGACUUGAUACAAUUUAUAUUGGCAGGGGUAUUGAAUUGGGUGGAUUAGAGGUAGGUCCUACGAAAGAUAAUACAAAAGAAUUCGAAGAUUCUAUGUUGAAACUCCCAUUUGUUUUCAAGGAUAUGUUGAGCGAAAUCGUGAGCCGUCGUCCUUCACUCUUACAUAAGGCUCAUGUCCUUGGUUACAACAUAAAUGGUGAUGCUGUUCGUUUAAUAGAUGCAGAUAUUCCUGGUGGUCAUAUUGUAAGAAUUCGACGAACAGAUGAACUCGAGUACCCAACAGACAAUGAUGACUAUGUUUUGAAGAUGGUGUCAUUACUAGAACUAGCUUCGUACGGAAAAGCCAUUAUCGAUGACACUUAUUCUUUGUGCUGUCAAACCCGAGUCCCGCCAUUGGCAACUGGUAAUCUAAGUCUAUUUCCUCCAUCAUUUGCUCCCAAUACUGAUAACCAAGGUCAAUCCUCGAACGCCUCUAGUUCUGUCAAAAAAUCUCGUAAAAAUACAAAUUAA